AACAGGAUGCAUAAGAUGACCUCCAUGACGGACCAGUGUGUGUGUGUGGUGUGUGUGUGUGUCUUUCCAUCGUGACUUUUUGUUUUGAGGAAGCUUGUCUGCAUGAAACAUCACCACAAGACAAACAAAGGUCAAAGGUAAGAGGAAGUUGUGUUGACUAACUGCUGGGUUCUUGAGGUCUGUUUAACAGCUAGCGUGGCUGACGUACACGUGGACACUUUGUAGAACAUUUGCAUAGGAACCAGUGUGUGUGUCUGUGUGUACUCUUGCACAAAACAUUCUCUGUCAUGUGACCAGUUUCCUUCCUUAUUAGCUUUUAGCACUGGGCUUGGCUCAACAUGACAGUUUGUGUCCUUGUGGUUGUGAGCGCUGUAAUCACAGGAGUUCUCUCAGCCAACAGGUUGAGCAUGAACGUCUCCAGGGAGGUGGUGGCGUGGCGAGGACAAGACGCAGUCCUUGGAUGCUCCUUCACUCAUCGUGAGCAGGAGCGAUAUGCCGGCAACAUCAAGGUUCAGUGGCGGGCCAGGCAAUCCACAAUGAAGCCGUUCUUCGAGUGUUCCUUCAAAAACAUCUCCUCAGAGGGGCCCGGAGAUUGCUCGUCAGCUUGGUUCUCACUGCGUGGCGACCCGCGGCAGGGGGUGCUGUCGCUUCUCAUCAGUGGAGUCAAGCUGACAGAUGAGGGCGUGUACUUCUGCUGCAUAGAGCUGGAUGGGAAGCUGAGCCAGAUCAAGGAGUUGAAGCUAAAGGUUUUAGGGAAGCCUGAAAUCCUGAGCUUGUCAUUGGUCAACGACAGCGCCCCUCAGAAGCUGCAGUGUGCCAUAGAGGGCAACCCCCUGCCCAACAUCACCUGGCUGUCUGCCUCCAGAGGUCCCUUAGCCCAGCAAGUGCACACCUCACAAAUAGGUCAGUACCAGCUGGCCAGCUGGGUUCCCUACGAUGGGGAGGACCGGGUCACGUGCAAGGCGGAGAGUCAAGUGGGUCGGGCCGAGCGGACCCACCCCCCAUCAAACUCUCUGACCAUUGCUGUAAUAGCGGGCAGCGUUGCUGUUCUUCUGCUGCUGGCCACAGGGGUCGUCGUCCUCCUGCUGAGGCUCAGAGCUCUAAAACAACAAUCUACGCUUCAUGAAAACGCUCCACCGGAAGAGGACCGUUCACUGCACUGCACACAAGGUCCAGCUGAGGACGCUGUUGAGCUUCAGCUAGUUUACGCCACUGUUGAACUUCCUGCGUCCUGUGAAGGGGCCACGUGCACACCAGACCUUUUGUACUCGACAGUGAGCAUGCAUUAGUCUUCAUCCUGCCAUGACAGCAAUGACAACACCACAAAGUGAGGUCCUUCUCGAAGCCAGUUUGUAAAAUAAAACUGUUAGUAAUGGAGUUGAGUUUCUAACAUGGCGACACAGCAUGUGCACACAUGCUUUCACUCUCAACUACUGGGGGUGUUUGGCACCUCUCCAUGGCGAAAAAGAAGCACAUUUUAUCUCUUCUUAAAAGUGUACAAAGUAAAAGGUGUCAUUUAAAGGUGCAAUAAGCGUCAAGUUCUUUUGGACUUAAGCCAGCCAGCACUUGAAAAGGGUAAGAUUGUUGGGAAUGCUUU